CAUCAAACUCCCAACAACCCUCAACAUCUCUUCCACUUUUCUUUUUCCUAUCUACCUAUAAAUAACCAACCUCACCCAGUAUUCAGCCUCAUGCAGUGUGUCUAAGCUUCAACACUACUAUCAUCUCCCUCUCCCCAGCUCUCUUAACGCUUAAUUGAUUCAGUUUAUUUCCUUACUCAAGUAGUGCAUCCCCUUAAAUAUUCUCUCUCUCUCUCUCUCCAUCAUCAACAUCUCAGAAAUGGCGAGAAAUGUGGCUCAGUCUCAUCUGGAAAGAAAUGGAUUGGCUUCACUGGACCAUAAACUCGCUUUGGCAAAGCGCUGUGGUCAUGAGGGCGUCGUCGCCGGGGCAAAAGCGGCCGUUCUGGCCACCAUUGCUUCCGCAGUUCCCACUUUAGCUAGUGUGAGGAUGCUGCCUUGGGCUAGAGCUCACCUCAAUCCCACUGCUCAGGCUCUCAUCAUCUCUACAGUGGCCGGUUCCGCAUACUUCAUAGUUGCAGACAAGACUGUUUUAGCCACUGCAAGGAGGAACUCAUUCAAGGAUUACUCUAACAUCCAAGCUUAAUUUCGAACCGUCGGCAGCCAGACGAUGGAAAACUUGUUUUUUUCCCCUUUUUUUUGUCUCGUUAUUGUAUUUAAAUCAGUAAAUCCAGGAUGUAUACGUUACUUGGAAAAAAAUGGCGAUCGUUUUGUAGUAAAUCCGCUGUGUAUGAUUUUGCCUUCAGCCAA